AGCCAUUUUUGGUUCAACUGCAGUGCUUGAAUUUAAGGGGGUCCGGCCGUUGGGCGGCCAGAAUUCGCAGCGCCAUGGAUCGCGGAAGAAGCCGGCUCCCUUGUGCCCGCCAAGGAACCAAAGCCCGUGGCACGACCUUCCACGCCGCCAUCGGGCGCCUGCCCUCGCGCAAGAGCCUCGGCGAUGACCUCGAGGAGCUCGGCCGAUGGGCCGCCUGCGCCCGCUGCGCUGCUGGCAACUCCCUUGGCGGCCGACGAACGGCCGGAAAGGUCUGGGACCUCUGCGGAGCUGCGCCGGCGGGUGCUGGAGUGGAGGAGACAGUGGUGGAGCCCGGGGUCAACCUCGUAGACCUGGAAGAGGAUGUCUACUUCACCGUGGCAGCCUUCCUCGACGAUGGCUCGCUCGGCCACCUGGACGUCACAUGCCAGCAGCUGCGGGAGCUCGACAGGGCCCUGGGUGGGCCUUGGUACCAGUUGCGGGACCUCGAUUUCCUUUCGGCCGUGCCGCUUGUCGACGUCGCCCGGUCCACGAAGCACUCUGCGUCCUUGGAGGUGGAGGUGCUCGCGAACCCAGACUGCGUCAGCCUGGCAGUCGUUUGUCGUGUAGCCGCUGACUGGAGCUACGUGAUCUUUGACCCCGAAACGGGUUCCGUGCAGGUUCGAAAGGUGUGCGAGACGCCCAUGCGGGUGGAGGUGUCUGACAUCCAGCUCUUGCCCCCCGCCAACCCGCGCCGCCGCUUCCAGGGUUCCAUGGGGGUCCGCGUUCGCGAGGGCCGCAUCGCCUUCUUUCGCCGUCGCUGUCUUCGCGAAGAGCCCGAGGUUGGCCCGUUGGAAUUCACGGGCAUUGAGGGGAGGCGGCUGAUGGCCUGCCUGAGAUUCGGCAGCGCGGGCCCAUACCAGGUGCGCAUGAUCUACAGUAAUCUCUAAACCAGGUCUGCCGUAGCCUGUGUCUUUUCGGGUGACGGCAGUUCCCGUUCGUGGAGGGGGGCGUGGGGGGGCGUCCCACAGUGUGCAUCACUAAACCAGGUCCCCCUGAACCAAGUUCCGCCAACGCCCGAUAGAGGAGCAAGCCACUUGCAAUCGCCUUUCGGCCACAACCACCGAACGUAGCGUAGGAACUCUCACUCGUGCACGAUGACGGCGAGCGCGCCUGGCCUAGGCGAGCAUGGGGGGCUGCGCGCCUGCGCGUGCGGCCUCGAGCGCCUGGAAGUGCCUGGGUCGCGACUCGCGACGUCGAAACAACAACAAACGUCGCGACGUUGAUUGCCGCCGGUACGCUCUGGGGUGGUGCCUCAUGAACGCUGGUUUGUUAUGCACCUGCCUGCUGCGAGUUUUACUGUACAGUCGGGCUGCGGGAGAAGGGACACGCACGUUUCGAAAUGGGCUCGGGCGUUCCUUGGGUUUGCAUGCGUUCCGCUUUCUGUUGGCGGCGAGCCCCCCCAGUGCCCUUUCGGAUUUCAUGGGCUCCUUUGGACAA